AUGAGAUCCUCCAACACCCUGGUCAUUGGCACCCUGCUGCAGUUCCCAGUGGCACUCUCUUACUACCACUCUCCAGCAGCGGACGCAGCACCCACCGCUAACCUCGACACUCUCUUUCAGUACACCACCUCCAGAAACCACAAAGUGAUAUCACAGGCUGUCGAGUUUGUCGUCUCGAUGCAGACAGCCCCAACUUGUACUCGCAUGGCUGCUUCACACCUCAUGAACGAAUGCAAGCUCCUUGAGCACGCACCAGACUUCGCCAAAAGUCGACCGGAAGCUUACCUGGACAACGUCAAGACCGAGUACGCUGCCAAGCUAGCAGUGUGUGAACUCCUGAGCGCACAGCCUCCGAGCAAUGCCAUUCCGCCACUGCACUGUGACAUCCUUGUUCCCUCGAGCCGAGCCUGCAGUAAGGGCGGCUGGUGGUCACAAGCACCGACAGACUCUGACAAGCAAUGCUACGCGGAGUACAAGGAGUACCAGUACAGUCAAUGUCUGAAGACAUUGCAGUCCUCGCCACAAUACUGGACGUCUUUCAGCAAUGCGCGUCAGAAUGCUGUGGUCAUGUGCCAAGCGAGCAGGGACGCCAUCGAACGCGAAAAUCAUCUUGAGACAUUCAAGAAUUUGACACAAGUCAUGGGUGCAGUAUCUUCCAGUCUCAAGCAUACGACUGAUGAAUAUGCGACUUUACUGCACGACCAGAAGCAAUUUUCCGACGAGCUUCGGGAGUCACAGAGCCAGUUCAAGGAGGACGUAUCAGCAGUCCAAGACAAGGCUUUGGCAACAGUCAAUACUCUAGAUGACAAGUUUCACACUUUCAUGGAGGGCUCCAUCUCCGAGCUCAUUACCGCCCUUGCCGACGGUCAGAGCGCUGAGAUUGUCCGUAUCCGCGAACAAAUGCAGGUGUUUUCGCAAGACAUGAUCGUUGAGAACUCUCUACUUGCAAAGUCGCUUACCACUGAACUGCAACAACACCACGACCGGGCUAUCAUCAGCCUUCAGGUGAAUCACCAAGCCCAAGUGGAAAGCUAUAGGGUGCUUUCUGGAUACAUGGGCGACAUUACGAACGCCGCAAACAAGAUCAACGACACCACAAAGUCCUCGCUUGCGAAUAUCGACAACAUUGAGCACCGACUGGACAGUCUGACAAGUAAAGCAGAGAAUAUCGCCAGAGGAUUCGCGUUCUUCAGCAGCCUACCACACCUUGUGACUUCCCUUGUCCGCGGCCUUGUUGCGGCGGUUGGCGCUGUGUUCAUUCUCAUUAUGAUUUACCACUUCAGCAGAAGGCUGGCUACGUAUACUGCUGGUGCUUGCAGUGCGGCAUAUCUCCUGCAUUUCUGCGGAGUCUACGAGUUCCUGGCGCGUCUGCCGUUGCGCGCUUCGGAGCCUCAUCGAUCCUCGUCCGUGCUCGACCUCAUCACCAAUCUCAAUGCAACGCAGAAAGGUGUCAGUAUUGUUAUGAUCCUGUGGCUUGCCACAUACCCCGUCUCUCGCAUCAGCACGGCUAUCAACCACGCCUUCAUAAACAUCCUUCGCUCGUACUGGAUCCGCCAAUACAGCAACGAUGGUAGUGUGGGCUACCUACCAAGUGUUGAGAUACCACACGUCGCUACACCCCACAAGCCCGAUGCUCUCGAAAGGUGUGUUGGCGCCAAUUACUCAUCUAAUCGAGAACUGUCGUACUCGCUCGAACCCUGA